UAUUCUGCACCAGAUAUGUCAUGUCUGUGGCUGCAGUGAGCGCCUCAGCAGGAACUAUAAAAAGUGUGAGAGGACAGCAUCAAUGUGCACUUUUCAAGAUGCACAGCCAGGCAUCUUCACUUCUGUCCAGUGAAAUGUUUGUGUUUCUGAUUUUUAUGGUGGCACUGCAUCAAGUACACUCCACCUCAAAUGUGUGUUUCCAGCAAGGGUAUGUGCACAUUUGCACAGAAAAAACAGCAGUGCAGGAUGAGAUCAUCAACUUGCACAAUUUCUUCAGGAAAAGUGUCCACCCUCCUGCUGCCAACAUGCUCAAAAUGGGGUGGAGUGAUGAAUUAGAAGCCAACGUUCAGGCCUGGCUUAAUAAAUGCAUUUUAGCUCAUGGAGAACCCAGCACCCGCAUGAUUAAAGGAUAUGAGGUUGGUGAGAAUCUGUUUUAUGCAGGCACACUGAUCUCAUGGACGGACGUCAUCACAGCUUGGCACAGUGAGGUGGAAAACUAUCAGUACCCCACUGAUUCCACCAAUGGCAAGUCUGUGGGUCACUACACACAGGUGGUGUGGAACAGCUCCUACAAAGUUGGCUGUGGAGUGACUAUGUGUAAAGACAUCUAUUUCUACGGCUGUCAUUAUUACCGAGCAGGGAACUUCAGAGGAUGGCCACCUUAUAAGAUAGGGGAACCGUGUGCAUCCUGUCCGAACGCAUGUGACGAGGACAAACUAUGCACCAAUCCGUGUCCUUACAUAAACUGGUACAUCAACUGUCCACAGCUGAAGCGAAUGACUGGAUGCUCUAAUCACUGGGUGUAUGACUGGUGUCCUGCUUCAUGCAAAUGUACCACUGAAAUUAUUCCAAUAUAUUGAAAAUCAAUCAUAUUUUCCUAAUCUG